AAUUUCACAGCGUUUUGUCAGGAACUGUCAUCAUGCGACCGUGUAACAACGUUUUCAACAUGCGGAAAAGCAUGAAAGCGGACACGCGUAGAUGCUUGGCUUUGACGUAGGCUAGAAUCACAGUUGUGACCAGACACUAAGCGUUUCUUCUAACUUACCUGCAUUUACCUGGUCCGCUCACAUCCACCUGUUGUCCCAUCGGCGGCAAGUAGGCACACAAAGACAGUGGGACUGUGAGUGAGGAAUGAGAUGAGGUUUUACCCCUAUAAGUUAGCAUGUCUCUUGGCGUUCGGGUGUUUUGUGUCGGUUACUUGGAUUAAAUCGAUUCCCAGUGAUGAAGGUUCAACAGUGAUGCCUGACCUGCAGAUCCUGUACAAGCGUCUGCUGGUGGCCGAGGAGCUGGGGGGGCAGGUCAGUCAGGAUCUCAGCAGCAUCCUGGAACAGCUAAGGAACCUUUCCAAAACUGGCAACGACUCCUAUCUUUACUCUGUCCACAACAGGACAGGCUUUAAAGAAACAGAAAAGCAACCUACAGGCUUGCAAACAUUCAUUCAGCCCAAUAUUUACAUUUUCAUGCCCCACCUCAGACUCCAUCCGGGCAGCCUUGUACCUAAUGUAGUGCUGGGACAGGGACGUCGUGGAGUGUCCAUGGUGCUUGGCAUUCCCACUGUGAAGCGUGACAAGCAAAGUUACCUGGUCAACACGCUUAGCUCUCUGCUAUUUAGCCUGACUUCAUCACAGUGCCAGGAUCUCCUCAUCAUCGUCUUUGUUGCUGAGACAAACUUAGACUAUGUGAACAGUGUAGCAGAGACCAUCAUGAAGAAUUUUCCCAAGGAGGUGCAGUCUGGAUUGCUGGAGGUCAUCUCUCCUUCACAGUAUUACUACCCUGACUUCGCCAGCCUUAAGGAGACUUUUGGAGACUCCAAAGAAAGAGUCAAAUGGCGAACAAAACAGAAUCUGGACUUCAGCUUCCUGAUGCUCUACGCUCAAGACAAAGGAACGUUUUAUGUUCAGUUAGAGGAUGAUGUUGUUGCUAAGUCGGGCUACUAUGACGAGAUGAAGGCCUACGCCACAAACGAAGCGUCAAAGCCAUGGCUCUACCUUGAGUUCUCCCAGCUUGGAUUUAUAGGCAAGUUGUUUCGCACCCGGGACCUCCCAAUGAUCGCCGAGUUCUUCCUCAUGUUUCACAGAGACAAACCUAUUGACUGGCUGCUGGAUCACAUUCUGUGGGUGAAGGUUUGCAACCCCGAGAAAGAUGAUAAACACUGCACAGAGCAGAAGGCACUACUCAAGCAGAGGUACAAGCCUUCCCUCUUUCAGCAUGUUGGUCUCCACUCUUCUCUGCCCGGGAAACUGCAGCAUCUGAAGGACAAAGACUUUGGGAAGCAGACGCUGUACAAGGCUCACAAUAACCCACCUGCAGAGGUGAGCAGCACUUUGAAACACUACCAGACGCACAGUUUGAAAAGUGCUUACGAAGGACGAGAUUUCUUCUGGGCAAUAACUCCCCUCCAGGGUGACUACAUCCUCUUCAACUUCUCCCAGCCAGUCUACACUUCUGGGUACCUGUUUCGCAGUGGAAAUAUCGAGACCAAUGGAGAUAAAUUCUUCAAUACAACAGUGGAAGUACUGACUAGCAGUGUGCUGGCAAGACACAAAGUGGCCAUUCCUCAUUACAGGGAGUCGGGCAAUGGCUUCAUCAUUGUUGGUGAAUUUGUGAAUGGAUUAGCUGAAGGAAAGAUUGAAGCAGCGCUGCAGCCGGUCUCUGCACUGCGCCUGGUGGUCCACUCCGACUCCGAUGUCUGGGCUCUGCUGAGUGAGAUACUCAUUAAAGUUUGAAGACCACAGACAAGAAGGAAACUCUCACUCAGGCUGAUUAGUGCGCCACCUGCUGCACAAAGACUUUGUCUACAUGGACGUCCAAUAAAAGGCUUACAUGUGCCUAAACUGCCUGCUAUGUGAAUAAGGAUGAAUGGAAGUGUCCAAAUUGGCCACAGUGGUGGCUCAUAUUAGCUGCUUAAAUUCACUCCACCCAAACGUUUCACUGAUGUAACACCAGAGCUAUUCACUGAGUAAAUUACUGCACUAUUCUAUUUUUGUUACAAAUAAAGAAUAUCCGGUAUCAAGUUGUCUUGUAAGGAUUUCAUUUCAGCUCUUUGUUUAAAAACGCAAAACAGGUUCUUCAAAGUCCAAAGAAUCCCCUGCAGCAACAGCACUCUUUAGUUUGAUGCUCAAAGAUGUCAAGUUUCAUCUCAUCAUGCAUCUGAUACAGGCCAUUCCUAUAGGCUGUCCAAGUAUGGUGACACUCUAUAUUUUACUUGACGCAAGCAAAAUCCAGCAUUAAAGCAUGCAGAGGAUUCUGAUGUAGUGUUUGUAUCCACAGUCUGAUGCUAUAUGGAUGCACAGAAGGUAGCAGCUGCAUCAGUUCCCUGAGAGCUAGACACACACUGUAGUUUCUUCUGACUCAAUGAUACUAAUGCACCGCUGAUAUAAAUAUAACCGAGCAAAAUAUUUUGAAAUUCACAUCUGCAAAAAUUUAAUAUUGCAUUUUUUUUGUUCUUGAGCAGCAGGUCUCCAGGCUUUCUGGGGGCCUUUCUUUGGAUAGUGGCGUUUGAUACUGGUCACUUUCACUCUAGUCCUUUAACUGACCACUUCCAGAGAAAUCUUUUGUUUGUUAAGCCACUUAGCCUAAAUCUAUGAACCAUUCAAGCAUGAGAAAGGCAGCAAACUCGAGAUGAUCCAGUGUUGUUUAGACCAGCGGUCCCCGACCUUUUUUGCGCCAUGGACCGGUUUAAUGUCAGACAACAUUUUCACGGACCGGCCUUUA